GUGGACUUGUGGCAGCCCAGCAGCCCCUUGCACAUCGUCGAAGGUACAGUCACUGAUGUGCGAGUACCGCAGAACACAACCCGAAGUCUGCUGCCCUACCUCCAGCAAGCAAACAUCCAGUACACGAUUCUCAUAUCAGACCUACAGAAAGUAAUAGAAAACCAAACUGGACUGAGGCCAUACAGGAAUCGAAGGUCACUCUCUGGGUAUAACUAUGAAGUGUAUCACACUUUGGAAGAAAUCCAGGACUGGAUGCAUCAUCUGAAUAGAACUCAUUCAGAUCUUGUUCACAUGUUCUCUGUUGGAAAAUCCUAUGAAGGGAGACCACUGUAUGUACUCAAGUUAGGUAAAAGAUCACGGCCCUACAAGAAAGCUCUCUGGAUAGACUGUGGGAUUCAUGCAAGAGAGUGGAUUGGACCUGCCUUUUGCCAGUGGUUCGUGAAAGAA